AUGGAUGAGCCAGUCUCCCCCAUCACGCUUGCCUUGGUCCUGCGGCAGAUCAUGCCCAGCCUCGCCAUUGCGCAGGUGGAUGAUAUGGUCUCGGCACAUAUGUUGGAGAAGGCAAUGUCCAAAGUUCCUCGGCCCCAGAGGGAACUACAGGGGGACUGGACAUUUCGACAUAGCUUCAACUCUGCCGCCGUGGCACCUUCCAAGGAGACUACGUUCGCGGCCUUCUUGGAAUGGCUCUUUUCUGAGGACCAUAUGCGAAUUAUGCAGCCCGUGGUCAAGGCCGAACAAGGCAAGGCUGAAGCAUCGGCUGCGGCCAAGGUGCCGCCUGCAUCAACCUGCGUGGAUGUGGAGCAGAUGCCCGACGAGGCGGCAAAGUCCUGGCAAAGCUUCCAGGAGCUCCUGAAGAGCAGGCCGUAUCUGGCAGAUGCCUCCACAGGACAUCCCCUGUGCUCCUUUGUGCAACUGUGCAAUCAGUCCUUUGCGGACAAGAAGUAUGAGGAAACGUCCAUCUUAGUGGAUCGAAUCAACAGCACGAUCACCGAGGAUGAAAAAAGGAUUGCUGCUGCCUUCAAGCACUUCGACAAGGAUGGCUCCGGAGUACUUGAGCAUCAGGAGUUCAAAUUCCUUUGUGCCUACCUGGGAUGGUCCUCGGAGGAGUCCAACAGUGCCUUGGAAGCGCUGGGGAAGCAGACCAUGGCGCCAUGGCGCCAUGGUGAACGCAGUGAACGCAACUACCUUCACUUCCAGGGAUUCCAGGGUCAGAACUCAGUGAGUUUGUCCGAGCUCCAGACGUUCGUGGGCUAUCUGGGCGGCGUGCAGAAGUUCUUCGAGCAGCGCCGCAAGCGCGUGACGCAGAGCCGUAAAGACGUGAAGGAUGUUUGUCCCAUUGUGGGAGUGGAGGUGGGUGCCCGCGUACGGGCGCAUUUCUACUACAAAAAUGGGCAGAAAUCCAAGUCCUGGCGCGAAGCACAGGUGCUUUCCGUGAACUGUCACACGGAUUCAGGUCGAGGAAUUCUGUUGGAGUUCGGCUUCGAAGAUGUGAAAGGAAACAGCGACUGGGUGGCCCGACAGGUCGUUCCGACCAGUUGGAUCCUGAGCAGUCAAGAGGAGACCAGUCUGGCGGCAGCCCUCAGGGAGGUUGGAAUCUUGGAUGAUUCCCAAGCGCUUUACAAGAUGCUCUUUCCCAUGUCAGAAUUGCACUCCAUCCAGGGCUUGGUAAGCUGUCAGAGAGCUGCCCUGUCGAUGGUGCGACAACAUGCUUCGUUGAGCCACGAGCACCUUGGACUGGACCCUGAGGCAAUGGAGGAGGAAAAGAGGAAGCUCCUGAGAAAAGGUGGAACAAUGAGUGAUUGGCAUCAGGCGCUAUCGGUUGGCCUUCAAGGAGGAGACAUCAUGUGGACGGACGCCAAGGUGUACCCCGGAGAUGUCCUUGAACAUGCCCGAUCGAUGAUGAUCAAAGGAGGGUAUGUGGAGUAUGAAUGCUAUGAUGAUAGAGGGCGCAGUCAGGGCCGUGCCAUCAUUGAGUUGGUGGAGUGGGAAGAUAUGGCCAGAGGCCUUUUCCUGGCUGUGCACCUUGUGGCAUCGGAUGAGUACUAUGAGUACUAUGCCCAGAACCGCCUGAAUGAUGGGAAAGGUGUGUACCAUAUAUGUGGUGAUGAGAGGCGCGGUUGUGCCGUCAGGCUGGGAAGACAAGAUCGGCGAGAGCUGGUGCACCUGGAGAAGUGGAGGCUGAUGAGCCCGGUGCUGAUGAUGGAGAGCCCCUAUAGCAGGGAACUUGGACUGAAGCUGGUUCAAAAGUGGGUUGAAAACUUUACACCUGCAGUCGCGGUGCCGGAGCCAGACUUGCCUCCUGCCCCCAGGCUCCCUGGUGGGGCGGGGGGCGGUGGGCAGACAGGCUUGGACAAAGCAGCAGCUGAGGCCCUCAAGGAGCUGACCAAGGAUGAUCAACCUUUAGAAGAGGGUGAAGACAAGGCAAAGGGUCAGCGCAAGGAAGGGACUCCAAGAGGGUCUGUUGGGGCGUUGUUGCAACGCAGGGCAGCUGAAGCCCGUGACUUCCAGCGUGAAAAGGAGAAGGAGAGAAAGAAUAGGAGGACGCGUCGGAGGAGCAGAAGCAGAGGCCGCAGACGAGAGAAAGUCCGGAGUCCCUCAAAAGGUAAAAGCCGCAGUGAGGGGUCCGGAACCAGUGAGACGUCGCAGGGUUUUCAAAAGCCCUCUUCCCGGGGGGAGGAAGAGCUUUGGCGGCUGUCUCAAAAACACCCCGGGAAGCUACUGAAGGAGACGAUGCGGGAGUUAACCCGAUACUUGGCAGAGAGGAGCACCGAGGGCCCGGAGGAGGAAGAUUGGGCAAGUCGCCGAGUCAUGGCGUACAUCAAUCAAGUGGUGCUAGUGCAGCACCCUCCCGCGGUGAUAGGGAUCCGCAACUACAGGGAGCUCAUAACGAUUGGGACGGGAGUGGACUUACUACUCCAAGGUCGGCUCCCGGAGCUGGGGGAUCUACUCUCCCAGCGCCUGAAGGCGCUCGAGACGAGCUUCACCGAGCAAGGAUGGCACACAGCAAAACAUCAGGAGCUGAUCCCACCGAUGGCCGCCUCCCUGACGUCGGAAGCAGAGAGGAGGAGAGCAGCAAAGCUGGAACUGAGUGCCAGCAAGCUGAAGGAGAUGGUUCAGAAGAACAAGACGCCAGAAAGGAAAAGGUCCGAAUCAGAAGGGGCAAGGAAGAGGAAAGGGCCCGGAGCAGAAGACGGACAGAACGAGGAGCCCGACGCCGAGACCGACUGGGAACAAGAGUCCCCCCAGUCCGCUCAAGUAGAGGAAGGAGGGGAGCACCUGUUAGGAGUGCUCAAGAGUUGGCUCCAGUCGGAAGAGUGUGGGGGGCUGAGCAUCUCCCAGUGCGGGGCUUUGCUGGCUGUGGCAGCCUUUAGAAGCGGAACACCCCUUGGAAGCUAUUUGAGUCGUGCCCUAGUGCCGGGGUCUUCAAGUGGCCAAAGGAACAGGAGGCAGCGGAGCCUCCUACCCCUGCCACUCUGGGAUGACUCUGUGACUGAGCUUAAGAAACUGCAGGAAGAGGGUGAGUUCCGAAGGCUGGCAGGCAGCUGGGCUGAAAAGAAAAUGAGCAAAGACAAAGCUGGGAGGCUCAGUCGAAAAGUUGGGCUGCUGGUAUGGCAUGGGCUGACAGUGACGGUCCUGAACUUUCUUUGGACUGGAGGUGGAGGAAAAGGAGAGGUAGGCGCGGGCCCCCCCGGAAAAGCUCAGAGCCAGGCGUUGGAUAGGAUCUGGGAGUUAGUGAAAGUCUUCGUGGAUGACAACUCGGAGUCAACCAGCAAAGUACCCAGGUCACCCGAAAUGGGAGAGUGGGGAAAGAAGCUGGGGGACGUUCGGGUGUCAUACCAUGGGGAAGUGGUCGAGAAAGCCCAGCGGCUGACCCUUGAUCAGAUCCUGCCAGGGCUUCCCCCGAUGGGGUAUGGCGCCAGUGUGGCGCUCGCCGAGCUUUGUGAGGGAGAAGUCAGGGAGAAGCUUGAGAAUCCCCUGAGUACCCUGCUGCCUGAGGAUGAGCUGCCUGAUGACGUUCCUGCCCCAAAGGUUCAUGCGAGCCAAGAGCAAUGGGAAAAGAUAGCAGGCGAGCUUUAUCGACGAGGUUUGGUGCAGCCCGUCGAGGUUCAUGCGAGCCAAGAGCAAUGGGAAAAGAUAGCAGGCGAGCUUUAUCGACGAGGUUUGGUGCAGCCCGUCGAGGACCCAGUGAAGGUCAAGGGGCAGGCCAUCUUGAACGGGGCUUUCGGUGUUCCCAAGCCGGGAAAAUUCCUUGAGGACGAAAGGGCAAUCCUUCGACUCAUUAUGGACUUCCGUGCAGUCAACUCAGUGACGGAGAUUGUGGCUGGGGACGUCCGAAGCUUGGCCGGAGCCCCCUCCCUUCAACAUGUGGUGUUACCAGCGGGGAAGGUGAUCCGGAUGUCAGCUGACGACCUUGUGGCAGCUUUCUAUCUGCUCCGACUUCCAGCUGAGUGGAGCCGGCUGAUGUGCUUUGCCAGCAAGGUGGGCUGGAGAUGCUUGGGGAUUGACCGAGAUGGAGCAGUUUAUGUGGGGGCCACCGUGCUGCCGAUGGGAUGGUCGAGUGCGGUAGGCAUCCUACAGCAUGCUCACCGUCGAUUGGCGCUACGAUCGCCGUUGGCAGGCGGUGGUGGACUGCUGGGACCUACUGAGAUCCGGCGUGACUCCAUCUUCCCGGACCUGGAGCUGGAAGAGGUGAUGUGGUCACUGUACAUUGAUGAUGUGAACAUCAUGGAAGUGAUGGACGCCAAGAUAGCCAAGGAAAUGGAAGGAAAAAGCAGCGAGGAGCAGGAGCGGCUCCGUCUGGCCUAUCAGCAUUGGGGAAUCCCCAUAAGCAAGGAGAAGGCUUUGAUCAGGGCGUCCAAGGCCGAGAAGCUGGGAGCUGUGGUUGAUGGAGACAGAGGAGAUUUGAGAUGCUCGACGAAACGAGCUUUGGACAGCCUGUCUCUAGGCUUUUGGCUGUUGAGGCAGCCCCAAGUGCCGAGGAAGGCAUUGCAAGUCUUCUUGGGCAGGGAGGUCCACUCGCUCCAGUUCAGGAGACCUCUUUUUGGAAUUUUUGAUUACCUCUGGAAGGAGGUAGGUGAUGGGGCGCCCAUGCUUGAGCUGGGUGUCAAGUCGGUGGAGGAAGUGCUCCUGGCAGGCAUGAGUCAGGCCCUGAGGGUGACUGACUUGCGUGCUGGGUUGAAUGAGGUGGUUACGGCCUCUGAUGCAAGUGAGCAUGGAGGAGGAAUGGUCUACGGUGCGCGACUGACCUCUCAAGGGCUGAAGGAGGUUUAUACCACGGAAGAGGGGCUCGAGGAAGUCCCGAGUGUGGAUUUGAGUUUUGAUGAGAAGCAGGUGAUCCUGGUCUUCGAUUUCUUUGCAGGAAUCGGAGGACUAUCAAGAGCCUUGCAGCUGGCAAAGGUUCCAGUCAACCGCUUGGUGGUGGUAGAACAAAGCCCUGAAUGCAGGCGUCUGAACCUGACGAGGUGGCCAGGUUGCGACAUCGUGGUGGAUAUAGAGAAACUGACCCGAAAAGACAUCGGGCGUAUGAUGCACAGUGACCCAAGGUCAAAACUGUUUUAUAAGUUCGCGGAGGUCUUGGGAUGGAUCGGCGAGACUGCAGCAUCCAUGGAGAUCUGGCUCUUGGGGAUGUUGGAAAAUGUGGUAGGUGAUGAGGAGGACAUCACUGAGAUGAGUCGAGUUCUUGAGGCCAGACCCAUCAAGGUUUGCUCCAGUGGCCUGUCGUGGGUAAGGAGGCCGCGGCUGUAUUGGGCCAGCGCUGAACUGGAGGAUCACCCAUCUUUCACCCGCGGGCACCAUGAGCUGUAUGAGGAAGUGGUUUUUGAAGAAGGGCCUGAACCGCUGGAACAUGUGCCUGAUGAGGGAUGGAAAUGGCUGGCGGCAGUGGAGAAUGAAGAGGCGCGACUGCCGACCUUCACCAGAGCCAUCCCCCGACCCAAAGGGAGGCCACCGCCGUCUCCGGCCGGAAUUGCCUCGUGCGAUGGGCCGACAAUUGAACGGUGGAAGGCUGACCGGAUGAAGUACCCCCCGUACACCUACAAGGAGGAGUAUCUCUUCCAACAUGAAGGGACCAAGGAGGUUAGAGUGGCGUCGGUGAACGAGAGAGAGCGCCUCAUGGGGUACCCCACUGGGUACACGCUGGGGAUGUUCAAGAAGGAGGCCAAGGAUGAGCGAGAAGCGGAUCAACAGGUCGUAGCUCGUGAGGCGGCGUUGGGAAACAGCUUCCAUGCAGUGACAGUGGCCUGCCUGAUCGAUCUUUGGUUGUGGUCACUUCAGGUGCGAACUGAUCCCCUGACCCCAGAGGUGAUCUUGAAGGACUGGCAUGAGUCCAUGGGAGUCACCGAGAUCAAAGAGUAUGGGGAGCUGGAUGUUGAGGGGUCGCAGGCGAUGCCGCUGAGUGAGGCAGAUGAGGAGAGCCUCCACGAGGAAUUUGAGAAGCGGUCGCCUCGUCGAGCGAAAUGGCUCCGCCUGGCGGGUCACAGUACCCGUGGGCGGGCAAAAGCCCAGACCCUCAAUGUCCGGCUGAUCCAUCAGUACCUGCGCCGGAUGGAAUUCCGAGGAUCGGAUGUGCGGCUCGACCUGCAGGUCGUUUACAGGCCUGAUGCUGUCCUAAGGACUUCGGUGAGCCCAAACAGAUGGAUCUGGAAGGUGGGCCAGGCCUACAAGUGGCAGAGAGCGGAGCACAUCAACUUGCUGGAGUUGAGGGCAAUUUUGAGAACGCUCCAGUGGCGAGCCCGCUCUGCCGCCUUCCAUAGCUGCAGGUUCCUGCACCUGUCGGACAGUCAGAUAUGCCUGGCAGUGCUGACAAAAGGAAGGAGUUCGUCGAGGAAGAUCAACAGGAUCUUGAGAAAAAUUGCUGCUCUGUGCGUCGCUCUGAACCUCUAUCCUUUGUGGGCCUGGAUUGCAAGCCGGCUGAACCCGGCUGUUUUGGCCUCCUACGUUGAGAUGCUGUGGGAGGAUGGAGAGCCCAAGGUGAAGGCCAAUUACACCCUUGCGGGGAUUCAGUUUCACAGGCCGUCGCUGAAGGGGCAACUGAGACAGUCCUGGCGCCUCCUUUCACUGUGGAACAAAUUGGAGGAACCACGGCGAGCGACGCCCCUUUCCCCAUCACUUUUGCUCUCCUUUGCGGGGGUACUGCUACAAUGGCAGUGGUCUCGGUUGGCCUGCUUGUGCACCGUGGGCUAUGCUGGACUCCUUCGCACGGGGGAGAUGUUCCUUUUGCAGAGGCAGCAUGUGAUAUUGCCUCGUACGCCCGACCAGAGCGCCGUCCUUUUUCUGGUCAACACGAAGACGACGCAACGAAACCUUCUUCAAUCCGAGAAGGUACUAAUUAAGGAAAAGAUUGCAAUUGAAAGCCUGCGCUAUUUGUGUGCAGGUCUUCGUAAGGAGGACUUUUUGGUGACCACAUCCGCUGCCAAGUUCCGAUCAGUUUGGAAGGAUGUGGUGCAGCACCUGGGCUUGCAGGAUUUCAACUACCUGCCCUACAGCAUCCGGAGAGGAGCAGCUACUGCAGCCUAUAAUGAGGGUACAACUUUUGAUGAGUUGCUUGAGAGAGGACGUUGGCGGCACAUUGCAACAGCGCGCCUUUACCUCGAUCAAGCUUUGCAAGAGUAUGCCUGCAUCAACCUUCCGGUACCGAAGCUACCAUUGAUUCGCGCUGCCCAACGAAGAUUUGUGGCAGCCGAGUUAGGGAAGCGUGGAAAGGAUACAGGCUACAUCAUGCGACAUUCCCGUUUUGAGCAGCGCGGCUUCCCCAUGAGACAUUCGUUGGCGAGGUUCAGUUGGGUAAAAGAUUUGGCGCCCUUGGUGAUCCAUGUCCAUUUGGACAAUAUGGGUCAAUUCUUGGAGACGGACGAGUUCUAUCGCAAUCAGUUUGAGACCAAGACCAGCUGUGGAGCAUUGGACCCCGAGAACGAGACCAGGACCGGAUGGGAGCGAACCUUGUUCGGUGACUCCUACGAAGACGCCAAGCCCUUUGAUCGCUGCAAGUAUGGCGCCCUGAACGUCACCAACGACUACAGAGGUGUUACGUCUGCCAUGCAGUACGGUGAUUCCUACUUGGUCCUGAAAGACGUGAGGCUCCGUGCCACCUUCUGCGCAACGGAUUCAGGCGGCAUUGAAGGUUCUCGCCUGGGUGUUUGCGAUCGCUACGCUCACGUCUUGCAGGAAUACGGCGAGGACGAGCUACAGGAGAUCAUCCGCGUGGCCAUGGCCGCGCUGCCGCACGUGGAGUCGGGCGCGCCUUCGGGGAACGUGCCGAAGAGCGCCUGGCCCCAGGUGCUGAGGGCUGAUUCCGAAGAUUGUUCUCAAGAGUGGAUCACGGUGGGAUAUCCCAACUUGGCCAAGCGCAGUACUGGGCGCUACGUCUAUGAGGCCGUCCGGGAAAAGAACACCCUGGAACUGAUAAUUCCAGUCCGCUCAUAUGCCAUGAGUUCAUUCCAUGCAGUGGAGCUAUGGCUGCAGUGUCUGCAGGUGGAAUUCUACGAAGAUAUUGAGACUCCACAAGUGGGCCUGCUGUCCGAGCUCUUCGAGAAGUGUUUGGGUGUGAAGAGCCCCACAGGUGUUGGAGACGACGUUCACGGUUGGUCUUUGGAUCCAGAACACGCCGAGUUGUGGUCAUCAGGGCAGAGCCGCAGCUGGGAGGGCUGCCGUGUGGCUGCCAGCGAUGGUGGCAAACAAUUCGUGGGUGUCGCUGUCGACCUGGCAGAGAAGAAGAUCUGGUUUGGAGUCAAUGGCGUGUGGAACGAAACUCCGGCCUUUGUGAACCUUCCGGAAGGGAUCGCAGUGUAUCCGGCGCUGUCCUUCAAGGGCCGCGGCUCGUUUAUCUUUCAAGAACUUCGACAUCCACCGCCCAAAUCCAUGGGACAAUUUACCAGUUGGCCGAAGACGUACCAGGGCAAGUUCCGUAUCGAUUGUCCACGGGUUGGCAAUUCUGACGUUCUCUGCGUCUACAAAGAAUUCCAGGUACACGGGGAGGUCUGCUUGAAGAAACACGUCUCCCGCUUGGUGGCCAACAACAAAUAUCGCGAGACACCCAAGUUCGAACGCUCCAGGAAUGUGGAACUCAGUAAAGGUGGCCCCUACAAUGGGACCUACCAGAAGGUGGGGGCUUUCAACAACGCGCCCCUGUACCACUGCGAGGAGAUUGGAUGGAUCUUCUAUAACCGCAAGAGUAGCACUUGGCGAAUGCGGGCUGACACAGGCGAGGGCAAAUGUGCUGUGGGCAGCUUGGUCACGGCGCAACGCAAUGAGAAAACCCACCAGGCUGGAAUCAUCUCCAAGGUGCUGCCCGGCAACAAGUUCGAAAUUUCAUGGGCUGAUGGCGAUGAAACCGACAAGAUCAAGGCAAGGAGCGAUUUGGAGCUCUGCGAUGGUGGGGACAACUUCGCGGAUGAUGGGAGCUUCCUCCUGGAGGCACCAGUAGAUGAGCUGCUGGGAGACUCUGCGCCACCAGUUGGAGGAUGGAUGGCGGCGCCCGAGAGCUCGGGCUAUGUGCCCCUGGAGGGAUUCAAAUAUGGCAUGAAGAAACUGGGUCUCUUGGUGAAAGAUGUGAAAACGAAAGGCUUCGACCUGGAGGGUGCCGAGCUAAAGAAGUGGACGGAUCAGCUGCUCUCAAAGACCGGUGCCGGCAAGGAGGUGAUCAUGCGGAGGCCAAGUGUUGAUAUCUCCUUUGACAAGCUCUUUGAGCAGUCGGGCGGUGGCGAGGAUGGCCCUGGGGCUUGGAAAAAGAUUGGUGAGGGAGCUUUCCAAGCCUAUUUGAUGUCCAAAGGCUUUACGGAGAAUUGCCAUCUUCUCCAAACUGAGCAUCCAUACAGAGCCGAACGACACUCCUGGAGCAAGGAUAUCUCGAUCCCAGAGGCCAAAGGUUGCAAGCUUAUCUUCAGCAAAAAGUGUGAGACCUACGACAGUUGCGCCAAGUUCAUGAUCAAAACAGGUGGCAUCCCCAAAUCCACCGUCGGCCCUGGGAUGCGCGUGGAGGUGGAAGGGAAAGAUGGCCUCCGACGUUUUGGCACCGUCCUGGAGGUCGAUGCGGAGAAGGGCGGAAAAACCGUGAAGUUGGACCUGGAAGCCAGCGAUCCCGAUGAGGAGGAAUCUCCUGCUAAGGAAAAAACGCCGGAGGAGAAGCCCGCGGAGGAAUUCGCUUUCGUGGUGGACGGGGACUUUGAAAAGAUCAGGGUGGAGUACUUCCUGAAAACCACCAAGCCAGGUGAUGAGAUCCAAGGCUUCAAACUGGAGAAGUCGAUGCCCAUGGCACCGGUUGGUAUCACAGGUUUCAAGGAACGCAAAACUGCACACAAGGAAGGCGUGAAGGAUUGGUAUCGCCUUGAUGUGGUCCAAACUAUGUUGGGUUGGAGCCAAAGCGUCUAUGACGAAAUAGGAGGAGAUGGUAUGACCAAAGAACCCAUGCAGGCUGAGGAUGUACUGAAAGAUCUAGAUGGUGCAGUGAAGACCCUGAAUGCUGCGCUGGCAAAGACAAGUUGGGAUGACGAGGAAAACCUCACCUUCUAUUUCAUCAACGGUUGCACUCAUCGACUGGUACCAGAAGCUCACAUCACCUUCAAAGGCAAGGUCAGCGAUGAGAUUAAGAAGUUCGAGGUGCGGGAAGAUAAUGAGAAUCCCAAGAUCGAGGACUUGGGACUUGGCUUAGCCUUUUCCGCGGGAGUGCGCUGCGGAUGGGUGCUGUCGGUAGAAGAUACGCUCAGCGAGGACAACACCGGAAUUCAGCCGAAGAUUUCCAAGGAGGAGUUGGUGGCGAAUCCCGAAAAGCUGUUGGAGAUGGAAAACGUCACCUUGGUCUUGGAAUGUGAAGAACCUGAGCAGAGCUGCGACGUGGAGAUGUACUCAGAGAAUUUCUACAACUGCGACAUUGAAAGCAACUUUUGCACAGUCCAGUUCGAGACGGAUGGGGAUGGCUGUAGUUACCCGGAACGGCGCUGGGGCGUGCUAUGUCUGGUGGUGCCGAAGGAUUUUGAACCCAAGGAGGGCGAACUAAAGUGGAAAUGGCUGACGAGUGACGACGUGGGCGAAGAUGUGAAAGAUCUACCCAUCCUGAAGGAUGCUCACACAUCUGAGGCGAAGGUUGGAACACUUUCACCAUCAGAUGAUCACAUCAAAAUCAUCAAGGAGGUGGAGGUGGAAGAUUCCACCUUUCUGCAGCUGGCUGAUGGGCAAUGGAUACCGAUCUUUCAGGAAGAUGAGGAUGGCAACAAGACGAGCGUCUUGGCGAAGGUGGAGCCUUGGGACGAAGUCAUGGCAGGGGCCUCCGAGAUCUUGAACCAUGCGGAAGGUGUUGCCGAUGCGAAUCCCUUGGUGAGCCGAGAAGGGUGGGACGAGGAACGAUUGAGGGCUCUGUGUAUGCGACACGGCUGGGAAUUUGAGUGGAUGAGUGAG